AUAUGCAACGGCUUUAAAUAUGCCAAUACUAUGCUCAGUUUGUAGCAAUAGUUGCGUGUUUUUAAUAUAAAUACACCAAUAUGCUAACGACUUAGCUUUGUAGCUUGUGGUAGCUGUUGAAUGGGCCAAAAGAGUCUUUGGAUUUUUGUAAAUCUAAGAAUGCACUUUGGCUAUGUAAUAAUUUGGAUGCUCUUUCUUUAACUCUGUAAUUAUGGCUUUCUUUGUUCUUGGUUUCAUUUUUGUUCAAUUGUUCGACCUGCUCUACUUGAAAUAUUGAAUGUUUAAUAAAAAAAUUUAAAAAAAGCUGUUGAAUGGGCGGGCAUGUUUCCUAGCACCUGCGCAGGUGUUUGACGUAAAGUCUAAACUAAGUUUUCUGUUGAACGGGGGAAGCGCUACGCCCAACUAACCACAUCUAUUUUUGUGUUAACCGAGAAAAAGAUAUAUAUAUAUAUAAAUAUGUGUGUGAUAAAUAUGAAAUAUAUAUUAAUGACGUGCCCAAUUGAAUUGUUUAGACAGUGGUAGUAGUAGUAGACACUUAACGUUAUGCCAUCAGGAUAUUUUGAAAUAUGCCAUAAUUAAAUUACAAUUCCACACAAAGUGGUUUUAAAUUCAUUAUUAAUUAUGGUAAUGUACAAAACAGCACCUAUAUUUUAGUAAGAUAUUCACACCUCUUCCACAAAACUACACCUUGAUGGAGGUACACUAUAUGGCCAAAAGUGCGUUGAUCCAUGGUUGAUACCCAUGUCGACAUACUUCCUGUUUUCCAUGGUUUGGGCCAGGCCCUUUUGUUCUAGAACUGUGCGCCGCCCCCCCUGACGUGUGACACCCAAUCCCAGCUGCAGGUCCACCAUGAGAACAAAAUCAUGUGUGUCUCUGCUCCAGCUCUCCAGGAUGGGGUUCAGACUUUGUGCAUCCAAAGCCCCUCGCUGCAGUGCCGGGGCCUUGAGUUUAACAACAGUGACUUCCACGUGCCUUCCACAUAUCUCGCCCCACUUGCCUGUACCCUGUAGUCACUUUUACUCCAGCAACGUCAAGGUGCGCUCCUAUCUUCAGUACAUGAAACACAAGAUCAUAUCCCCUCCCAGUCCUCCGUACAGUCAUGUGUGCCAGGUAGGGGACCCAGUGCUGCGUUCACAUGCCGCUGCUGUUGACCCUGCAGCUAUAACAAGCCCCAAGAUCCAACAGGUCAUCAACACUAUGGUGAAAGUGAUGCGUAAACUUGAGUGUGUGGGACUGAGUGCACCUCAGAUUGGGGUGCCACUCCGUAUCCUGGCCCUGGAAUAUCCUGAGAAGAUGUUUGAAGAGAGUUCGCCUGCAUCGAGGGAGGUCCGUGGUCUUUCUGUCCAGCCCCUGAGGAUCUUUGUCAACCCCCAGCUGAGGGUCCUGGAUGGACGGACUGUGCUCUUUCAGGAGGCCUGUGAGAGCAUCUCAGGGUUCUCUGCCACAGUUUCACGCUACCUGUCUGUGGAAGUGUCUGGUCUGAAUGAGAAGGGUGAAGCUGUUACGUGGCAGGCCAGAGGCUGGCCAGCCCGUAUCCUCCAGCACGAGAUGGAUCACCUGGAUGGGGUCCUGUACAUCGACCGCAUGGACAGCAAGACCUUCAUCAACAUCAACUGGCAGGCACACAAUGAAUAGAAGAUCCUCAGGAUGGACCACGAACAUUUACAUAAGAAUCUGUAAAAUCUGUAAAACUGAUGAUAUGCAAUGAUUUAAGUUUAGCUCCACAACAUCUCUGAUCAACCUACUUUGUGUUGAUGAACGCUUUUACAUUUGCUGUUUUGAGCACAUGCUUAAUCUUUCUUGUGAAAAAUCUUCUGGCUUACAAUUUUGAUUUCUGGUUGGAAUAAGAGCUCAGUAUCAGGAUCAUCGUGAACUGCUUCAACUGAAAAUCCAUCACUGCACUGGAAGGGUUUUUGAGAUAGCUAGAAGCUGCAGGGCAGAAACCCCAAAGCAGUGAUCUUACAGUAUAUCACUUUAAAGUGCAAGCCGAGAGAGCCAUGUUCUGUGGACCUCAGGUCUAUGUUUGAUGAAUAAAGAGGCUGAUAUGUUCCUGAUAAAAAGAGUGAAUCAUAAA